GUGGAAAAAUUAGAUGGAAUUGGUUUAUGUGUGGUAAACUUAAUGGAUGACAUGCACGAAUAUAUGCGCGGACUAUUUCUGUUAAUGUAUUGCGCACCAACAGUCCUACUGGCUUAUCUCUACAUACGAACUUCACAGGAGUUGCGGCCACCGGAUGGACCUUUUGCUGUAAUGAUGUUUGAGCAUCGCGCGGAUAUGAGACAUCGUCAGCGCAAUUCAUCAGCUUCAUCGGUGGGUGCCAGCGUUGGCGCUACCAUUACCUCCACCUCGGGCAUUGGCUCCUCAGCGCCCACCACUACACAUACCAAUGGUGGUGGCAGCAGUAGCGGUGCUGGCGGGCUUGGUCUUACUUCCUCCAAUUGCUCAGCAACGAAAACGCGUUCGUACGAUCUGUAUAGCGCCGAGUUGGAUGUCUAUCGAGAGAAGCGAAAGCAACGCAACUUUGGCAGCAUGGCCGCAGCACAAGUGGUCUGCCUGUGUCCGUUGAUGAUUUUACGUUUCGCACGACUCUCCAUGGAGGAGACCUACGAGAAUCAGAAACACUUUGACUUCACCUACUUGAUGUUUGUGUGGAUAGCUUUUCUGCCAACUGUUAUAUUUCCAUGUAUUUAUGCCUCGCAAAUAUUACCCAGGGAUGAGCAAGAACGUAUACGCGGCUAUUUUCGUCUAUCCACCAAGCGUUUCCACAAGUCGCGCAGCUGCGUUAGUCACGGCGGCAGUGGCCAUACGCCCAGUUCCAGAGAGGAUUCCAUUGAGAAGGAUGACAACACAAAUACCACAGCAGCUACUUCGAUCCUGGUGAAUGGUGAAGAGUACUUGAACGGGGGUGCCAGUAUUACCGGUACAGCGCUGGUGACGCGACACGAACUCAACAGGGCGGCCAAGUUUCAGCAACAACAGCAGCAGCAUCACCAUAACAGCCGACAGCCUGGCAGAGACACCAUGAAUGGCGGUGCGGCAGGUCAGCAUGGCCAUGGUAGGCAAGCUUUGGCGAAGGAUGUGCGUGUGAAGAAGAAUGAUGUGAAGAUUAAGAUAAUAUCGGAUGGCGGAAAAGGCAAUAAGUCAGCGUUGGCAGGCGUCGGCAGUGCUGGUGGCCAGCUGCAGGCGCGUCCAACGCAGAAGGGCGGCAGUGUAAGCAGCGGCAGUCGACGCGAGAGUGUGGCCGGUGGCGGAGGAGGAGGAGGAGGAGGAAGCGCUGGUGAGCGCAAAUUGACACUUGGUUCAUUGGAUAAUUCCUGCUCGAAUAUGACCUCCUCGACCUACUGCAAUGGCGCCAGUAGUUUGCUCGAGGAUGAUGGCGGUGCAAGCAACUUUGGCGAUGGCGAAGAUUCCUCCAUUGUGAGUGGCAUGAUUGUGCCCAGCGGCAGCGGUCAGAGUGCGCUCAACUAUACGCAACACAAGAAGUGGAGCCUCAGUGGUCAGCCUUUGUUGCGCAAUAAGGAUUUAUCAUUCAGUGAUUGCAGUAGUUUCUCGCACAUGGACACGGCUAGUACGCUCGAGCGCGAUCUGGAGAUAAUCGAUAUGUUGGAACGCGAGCGCAGCAUGAACAUACAGGAGAUGAUUGAGCGUGAGCAAAAUGGCGAAACGGUGCGCAUGACGGUGGGUGAACGUCGCAAACUGCCCGAUAUCGAUAAGAUUUAUCAGCGUUCGCCAAAACCCAAACUCGAUCCGUACAGUUACGACGUAUCCUCACAAGUCACGCCGACACCCUCGACGGCGACAGCAAAAGAUAGCACACCCAAUUCGCUGCUGUGUAGUGACCCGCUACAAUCAAGUAGUAGUGGUGGUAGUAGCACAACAGAAGCCUACAGUGUUGCAUCCACGCUCAGCGGCGAGGAACGUGCAGCGCAUGGACUGCCUCGCGACGACGAAGAUGAGAGCGGCAUCGAUGUAGACGAAGAAGUGCCGUCUGACUUCUUUGACAAGUUUACACCGGGUGCUGGAAACGCUGUGCCUCAUGCGGGUAGCGGCGUUGCAGCAUCUAACACGCCCACUUCCGCCUACCAGUAUCAGUACUCGCGUCGACUUAGCCGCAAAUCAUCACACCACAGCCAGAACUCAAAUUCGCAUCGCAACUCGAAGCGAGAUAGCUUCAAUUCACUAAAUAGCAGCGAUCUUAUUGCGGGUGCGUUCGGUGAAUUGGAUCCCACGCAACCGUUAUCAAAAAUGUCUGUGGUUGAGGGUCGAAUGCGACGCAGUAGUGGACGUACGUCUAGCUUCUCUUCUUCUUCGGCGCGUAGUUCAAUGAAAUCGCGAGACUAUAGUCACGGUUCGUCGCAUUCGGCACAUCCAGAGUUGGAUUUUAGGGAGAAUAUUUUCGCCGAACUGUAAAGAGAUGAGAGUACGAAGACUCGAGUGUAGGUAGCUCGUUUUCAGGUGUCUAUGAAACAGGUUAACGCGUGCAACGAAAGAAGGUUUGGAAUAAGCUUUAGCUCUUAAAUGUGAACAUUUAAAGAAAUCUUAAUAUACAACUACUUGUAUACUACAUACGAAGGAAGUCCUGUUAGAGCAGUUUUAGUAAUGUAGGUAAGUGUAACUUUUAAAUAGAAUUUAAUGCAAGAAAUAAGAGAAGAACAUGAGAAGGAACAUUGUGAAUAAAAGUGAAGGAUCUCGUUAUAAUAAAACACAGAUUAGGUCUUAAACUCGGUAGAAGUGAUAUACAUAUGUAAAUGAGCAACUUGAAAGUAACAUCCUUCCCUUUCAAAAGGAGCUACGAAACGCUGUUCAGAACUAAGGAGUACAUUUGGGAAAUAAAUAACCAAGACACGAAGAAAUCUUAAUUAAAUAAUACAAAGCUCUGUUAAGGCUGGAAGCUGUUCGAAUUUUUUCAAUAGUUGGUAGAGGUUGAAUUAAGAUAGACAAAAUCUGGUACAUAAGGUCGCUCGGAAUUGAACGUAAGAGAAAAGAGAGUGGAAAAUUGCACCUAUUAGGUCAGAUUAUACCCGUAAAAGUUAGAAAUCUAAGUAGAUUCAGUGAGUGUAUCUCCCUAAGCUCUUAAGUUGAACAAAGUAACAAAUAAAGUUUAGCUCAGAAACCUCAUUAUUAUACUACAUUGUGCUGCAGCGUAUACCUCUCUGCUGAUUAUAAGGAUAUAUAUCCCUUCGGUGAGCCAGGCUCUUCAAAUGAUUUCAUAAUUUUUCCCAGUACUUAGUCACAGACAUUUUAAUGUUUUUAUGGGGUGUAAAAAUUAUUUGUGGCGCGGUGGAGGGUGAUUUGUACAAAAAUACUUUGCACACUUUAAGAUAAUAGCAAGAUCAAUUUCAGCUGCGUCCGUUUUAUUCCAUGUCGUCCAUAGACUGAACUCUUCACACCCUCAGUUCCCUAUAAAAGUUGCUGGAAAAGAUAUUAAACGUUUUUUUGCUAAAAUUUGCUAUUUGUGCCACUUUCACCAAGGAAAGCCAAAUUAUGAAAUUGGUAAAAAUUGGCUAACUGCCACGCCUACUACACUAGGGGGCGAAUAUGUUAAAAACUAUCCGAUUCCAAUGAAAUUCGGUUUGUUACUUGGAUUAAGCUACCUUACAAACCGAUUUUCAAUGCAAUCGGAUAACAUUUCCCAUUCCCGCCUACUUGAGAGGUGGCAGAGGGCAUGGCUCGUCGCAAAUCCACACAAUUUGUUAUAUAUUUGGGGGUUUUUAUAAAAAAAUUGAUCUUGCACCAAAUGUUUGCUAUUUUGGAGAAUCGUUACUAGUCCUUGCCACAUUAGAAUCCAGAAUUCGGAUGGUUGGUGGGCGUGGCAGUUGACCGAUUUUUCCCAUCAUUCAGAUCUAUGUCUGCCUAGGUUAAUCUAAGUUACAAAUCGAAUUUCAUUGAAAUCGGAUAAAAUUUACCAUAACCGCCGCCUAGUGUAGUGGGCGUGUCAGUUCGUUAAAUUCGAUCAUUUUUUUCAUAUUUAUACAUUCCUAGGCAAAAUUACUCAACGUUACAAUUUUCAGCAAAAUCGAAGCACAUUUAUUACUUUUUGCCAUAUUUUAUAUGGAGUUCUUCCACUGUGCGAGGCUUGUUCAAUAAACUACGUGAGCUCAUCAUGCAGCCAAAAUUUUUUUAAUUUGAUGGUAGUUUCGAUACCAAUAUUCUGAGUAGAGCGGUCUGGGUAGAAGUCCAUUGGGAAUACGGCUGUCUAAAGUAUGCUUGAAAUAAGCUAAGCUACUAAGAGAGCACAGCUAAGGAAUGAGGAUUAUAACUUGCCGUAAUUAAGUUGCGGAAUUUCAAUCGAUAUACAGAACAGUUACUUGGCUUAGUAAGGACAUUGUAAGAUGCGGUUUGGAAAUCCCAGUGAUAUUUAAUCGUACGAAUAAAUCACUUUAUAUGAUACUGUAGUCAAAAAGUAGUGAAAUUGGGUUUGCGUAAAAAUGUGGUAAUUAUUAGUAUAGGGUUUAUAAAUACAGUGACUAAAACAAAUGACCACGUGUUGAUUUUCCUCAAAUAUUCGUAAUG